UCUAGAUCUAGAAUAAGGAUACGAAAAAAAAGUCUAAUAGAGGUAUUGCAUCUUAUUUGUCGCGAAGUUGCAGCACAAAGAUCUUCGGUAGAAGGAACGAUCAUGGGCUUGUCGGCAACCUAUUGGCUGCGCGGGGUGGCUUCGCUGGCCCUCGGCACCGAGAGGGUCGUCUGGGCGAGCUCCGCCUAUCACCAGCAAGAGGCUUUCAGGGCUCUGUACGUUUUUUACGAGAAUCCGGUGUAUUGCAACAUGAGUGGG